AUGGCUGAACGAAAAAUCAUAUGUUAUUUAUCGAUGACAGAAAUACAAAAUCAUAUAGAAGAUUUUUUAUUUCUGCGAUUAUGGGCACAUAAGUCUUACAAAGCAAAAUGGCCACUAAGGGUAUUCCUAAUGAUUUUGCAAUCUACGUCAUUUCAAAGACCUAUUUAUGUAUGGGUAAGAAAUCACCGAAUCCAUCACAAGUACACCGACACGGAUGCUGAUCCUCAUAACUCGAAAAGGGGUUUCUUCUUUUGUCACAUUGGUUGGUUGAUGUUAAAAAAACAUCCCGAUGUUAUAAAAAAGGGAGCAACGAUAGAUAUGAGCGAUCUUGACAAAGACCCAGUGGUCAUGUGGCAACUAAAAGUUUUCAUGACACUCGCUUGUUUCAUCAUUCCAACGUUGAUACCUGUACUUUUUUGGGGAGAGGGUUUGAUGAACGCUUGGUACGCCACGACUAGUAAAUUCAUCAUUGGUUUAAAUUUUACCUUUCUAGUAAAUUCGGCUGCUCAUAUGUGGGGUACAAAACCGUAUGAUAGUACCAUAUCUCCGACAGAAAACCUUGCAGUUUCAGUUCUUGCAUUCGGUGAAGGUUGGCACAAUUAUCAUCACGUAUUUCCAUGGGAUUACAAAGCUGCUGAAUUAGGAAACUACAAAUCUAGCUUCGCAACGGCAUUUAUCGACGGUUUUGCAAAACUCGGUUGGGCUUAUGAUCUAAAGACGGUUUCUCACGAAAUGAUUGAAAAGCGUGCAUGUAGAACUGGAGAUGGUACGAGUUAUCAACAUGUCGAUGAUCAACACGAACACAAAUAUAAAAAUGCUGUUUGGGCUCUUCAAUUUCUUUAUUUAAUCAUUUGUCUGUUUUUAGAUCAUCCAGAUAGACAUAGCGAUGUUGAAACAACCGAAACUAUGGAAUAUAUGAGUUAA